AUGAAGAUGGGGUUAGAGAAUCUUGUCAUGAUACCUGGAGGGAGAUAUGGUUUUGAUGGUUGGUUUCUGGUCCUGAUAGAAUGUGACAAUGGCUGGUAUGGAGCAGAUUGCAGUAUUCCAUCUGUUUUAUCGUCCAUCAGAGAGUGGCCCCGAUGGCUUCAACCACUGACGGCUAGUGUUACUGAUAAUGUACACCUCACAGAAAAUCUACCCAAUCUCGAUGUUGUGGUGGAAAAGAAAAGGCCACUCAUCUAUGUUUACGAUUUGCCGGCAGAGUUUAACAUUCUACUCCUGGAGGGAAGGCAUUUCAAUCUCAAGUGUGUAAACAGAAUCUAUAAUGACAGGAAUGCUACAAGAUGGACAGAUCAGCUGUAUGGUGCGCAGAUGGCAAUCUAUGAAAGUAUUUUGUCUAGCCCCUUUCGAACAUUAAAUGGUGAAGAAGCAGAUUAUUUCUUUGUUCCAGUUCUAGAUUCGUGCAUUAUACCUCGUGCUUAUGAUGUACCACACUUGAGUAUGCAGGAGCAUAAUGGCUUGAGGAGCUCGUUAACCUUAGAGUUCUACCAGAAGGCACAUGAUCACAUUGUUGCGCAAUAUCCAUACUGGAAUCGCACUUCAGGAAGAGAUCAUAUCUGGUUUUUUUCAUGGGAUGAAGGUGCUUGCUAUGCCCCAAAGGAGAUAUGGAAUAGCAUGAUGUUGGUGCACUGGGGUAAUACAAAUUCAAAAUAUAACCAUUCAACAACAGCAUAUUGGGCUGACAACUGGGAUCAUAUACCUUUUGACAGAAGAGGCAACCAUCCAUGCUUUGAGCCUGAUAAAGAUCUUGUCCUUCCUGCAUGGAAGCGGCCAAAAGAAGAUUCUCUGAGAUCUAAUCUUUGGGCUAGGCCUCGUGAGAAGCGGAGGACACUUUUCUACUUUAAUGGAAACUUAGGACCAGCUUACGAAAAUGGAAGGCCAGAAUCUAAGUAUAGCAUGGGCAUCAGGCAGAAGGUGGCAGAAGAGUUUGGAUCAAGCCCUAACAAGGAAGGGAAGCUUGGAAAACAGCAUGCAGACGAUGUGAUUGUGACACCCCUUCGUUCUGACAAUUAUCAUGAGGAGUUGACAAGUUCUAUUUUUUGUGGAGUCAUGCCUGGAGAUGGGUGGAGUGGACGAAUGGAAGAUAGUAUUUUGCAAGGUUGCAUCCCUGUGAUCAUUCAGGAUGGAAUUUUCCUGCCAUAUGAGAAUGUUCUCAACCAUGAGAUCUUCACUAUUCGGAUACGUGAAGAUGAAAUACCAAACAUGAUAAAUAUUCUCCGGGGAAUCAAUGAGAGAGAGAUACAAUUCAAGUUGGCAAAUGUACAGAAGAUCUGGCAGAGAUUCUUGUAUCGUGAUUCUAUUUUGCUCGAGGCCGAGAGGCAGAAAACUGAAUUUGGACAUGUGGAGGACUGGGCCUUAGAGCUUCUCCAACUGACUGAGGACGAUGUUUUUGCCACAUUCAUACAGGUUUUGCACUACAAGUUACAUAAUGACCCUUGGAGACAGGAACUGCUUCAUGGGAAAAAGGAGUAUGGAUUACCCAGAGAAUGCUUGAUAGGAUCAGCAUGAAGAGCUGUAACGAAACCUUGGAAAUCAAUGGUACAUAUUCCACUGGAUGUGUUGUGUUUCUUCUCGAAAAGCAUCAUGAUAUCAUGGUGUCAUGCUAGUAAAGGCUCAACUUUGUUAUCGAGCUGCGUUAGAUCUUUAUGAAAUGAUAUAAUUGGUUAACACAUACAUCUUAUUAUGGAAUUUUUUCACUAAGACGGUAAAAGUUUUGUUGUGUUGAGUUGAGUAGAAGUUUCGUUUGAGUAUUUUCAAGUGGUUCUUGAGAUAAUUUUUUUCUUUUCUAGGUG